AUAUCUCCUCCUCAAUAGAAAAAACCAAAGCAAGAAAUAGUCUCUUCUCUCUCUAACCGUGGGAGAGCUUAAAAAAAUCGGCAAGCAACAGGCAAAAUCAAAUAAAAGAAAGAGAGAAGGCGAGGAUUUGGUUUGGGGUUUUGGCUUUCGGUUCAAAGGUCAAAAGAAAGGCAGGGAGAGAGAGUGGCAGAGUAGGCGUUGAUAGACCGUCGAAUCUGAAAGAAUUACACACAAAGAAAGUUUACGGGUGGUUUUAUUUUAUUAUUACCAUUAUUCUUCCGGUAUAAAUCCCCACCCUCAUAACGAUUUUGCGUGUUUCGUACGGUCUAUCCACUCCAAUCUGUAUACUCACUCCCUCAUUCUCUCGUUCUUGGUUCUUUCUCUUCAUACACGAACAUCCUUUUACUUUAUUUAUUUAUCAUUUCUGUUUCUGAUUAUACCUUUUUCUUUCUUUCUUUUGUUUAUUCUUCCAGAUUUUAUAUUUUUUUUUUUGUGGGUGUGGUGUAUGGUAUUUCUUUAUACUGGAGUAUUUUUUAUUUUGACUAAAUAAAUUUUAAUUUAAAUGAUGGAGGAGGAAACUAGGGUUUCUGUGCCGGUUGACGGUGGUGAACCCAACCAGUCAUCUUACUGGUUAGAUGCCUGUGAGGAUAUUUCUUGUGACUUGAUUGACCAUUUUGUUGAUUUUGAUACUUCAAUUCCUCAAGAUUCAGUAGACAAUACUUCAAAUCAAGACGGACUUACUAAUGAUUUUUUUGGAGGAAUUGACCACAUUCUUGAUAGUAUUAAGAAUGGUGGUGGCCUGCCUACAAACGAUGAUCGUUGCUUAAACAACAAUGGAUUUCAAGAUUCUACCAUUCGCGAGGGUUGGUCUCUAAAUGAGUCAUCCGUGGAUGGCAAGAACCAAGGCGAGGGCUUGGUUUUACAGUAUAAUACUGUUAGUGAUAAAGAUAUUCUUGAAAGAAAUGGCAAGAUGGAGGAUUUUGAUAAGGGGAGCAAUAACUUAGUUAACGGUAAAGGAGAGAAUAGGUUGUUGGAUCAUUGUAUCCAGGAGAAUGGAUUGCAUAGAAAUAAUGUAAAGAACAGUGGUCAUGAGGCAUUGAAGGGUCGUGAUUUUGAUAGUGAAGAUAGGUUCAGUAGAAGGGCUCGAGUUAGCUGUUACAGGAAUGAGAGGCAGUAUUCUAACAGAGGGCAAUACUGUUCUAGGGAUAGGGAGAGGGGCUCUAAUAGGAAGAGGCCACGUGAUUGGGAAGAUGUUGAUAGAAGAGACAGGGAUCAUAUGAGGAGAAGAGAACAUUAUAAUGGAACUAGCCGGAGAGAUGGAAGAGAUAGGGAUUGGAGGGAUAAAGAAUCAAGGGGUUAUUGGGAGAGGGAUAGGUCGGGGUCCAAUGAAGUGGUUUUCCGACUAGGCACUUGGGAAGCUGAUAACAGUAACAAAGGAGGGAAGGAAGCUAAUGGGAUAAACCAGGAAUGCAAUGGGAAGGUGGAGAAGAAAUCUGAUGCUAAGGAUAAAAUUCCAGAGGAGAAAGUUCGCAAAUAUCAGUUGGAUGUUCUUGAACAGGCUAAGAAGAAAAAUACAAUAGCUUUUCUUGAGACAGGAGCAGGCAAGACUCUCAUUGCAGUUCUUCUUAUUAAAAGUAUUUGCAAUGAGUUGCAAAGGCAAAAUAAGAAAAUGCUUGCUGUAUUUUUGGUCCCUAAAGUUCCACUUGUAUAUCAGCAAGCUGAAGUUAUUCGAGAGCGAACUGGUUAUAUAGUGGGCCAUUAUUGUGGUGAAAUGGGCCAAGAUUUCUGGGAUGCUCAAAGGUGGCAGCGUGAGUUUGAAACAAAGCAGGUUUUAGUCAUGACUGCUCAAAUUCUGUUGAACAUUUUGAGACACAGUAUAAUUAAAAUGGAAGCAAUUAAUCUUCUCAUUUUGGACGAGUGUCAUCAUGCUGUGAAGAAACACCCAUAUUCUUUGGUGAUGUCUGAAUUCUAUCAUACAACGGCUAAGGAAAAAAGACCAUCUGUUUUUGGAAUGACUGCUUCUCCUGUUAACUUGAAGGGUGUUUCAAGUCAAGUGGACUGUGCAAUAAAGAUUCGUAAUCUUGAAAGUAAACUAGAUUCUGUAGUUUGUACAAUAAAAGACCGUAAAGAACUGGAAAAACAUGUGCCAAUGCCCUCAGAAGUUGUGGUUGAGUAUGAUAAAGCAGCCAGCUUAUGGUCCCUUCAUGAACAAAUAAAACAAAUGGAAAUGGCUGUUGAAGAAGCUGCACAAUCAAGCUCUAGAAGAAGUAAGUGGCAAUUCAUGGGAGCUAGAGAUGCUGGGGCCAAGGAAGAGCUGCGCCAGGUUUAUGGUGUGUCUGAAAGAACAGAAAGUGAUGGGGCUGCUAAUUUAAUACAAAAGUUGAGAGCUAUAAAUUAUGCUCUUGGUGAACUUGGUCAGUGGUGUGCUUACAAGGUAGCACAAUCUUUUUUGACUGCUUUACAGAAUGAUGAGAGGGCAAACUACCAACUUGAUGUCAAAUUUCAAGAAUCCUACCUGAGCAAAGUUGUGUCUCUUCUGCAAUGUGAAUUACUAGAGGGUGCUGUUUCUGAUAAGGAUGCAGAAGCUGCGAACUCGGAUAAUGGCAUUGUUCAAGAUAGCACCUAUGUUGAUGAGAUUGAGGAGGGAGAGCUUCCUGACAGCCAUGUUGUCUCUGGCGGAGAGCAUGUGGAUGUGGUAAUAGGAGCUGCUGUAGCUGAUGGAAAGGUGACCCCGAAGGUACAGUCACUGAUCAAAAUACUUUUGAGGUAUCAGCACACAGAGGAUUUUCGUGCAAUCAUCUUUGUUGAGAGGGUUGUGGCUGCUUUAGUUCUUCCCAAGGUUUUUGCAGAGCUUCCAUCUCUGAGUUUUGUUAGGUGUGCAAGCUUGAUUGGGCACAACAAUAGUCAGGAAAUGCGGACAUGCCAAAUGCAGGACACUAUAGCAAAAUUCCGUGAUGGCCGUGUGACAUUGUUAGUUGCCACCAGUGUCGCUGAGGAAGGACUUGAUAUUAGGCAAUGCAAUGUUGUUAUUCGUUUUGACCUUGCAAAAACUGUAUUGGCAUACAUUCAAUCGAGGGGUCGUGCAAGAAAGCCUGGUUCAGAUUAUAUCUUGAUGGUGGAGAGGGGAAAUCUGUCGCAUGCUGCAUUCUUACGGAAUGCUAGGAAUAGUGAGGAAACCUUGAGAAAAGAAGCAAUUGAGAGAACUGAUCUUAGUCACAUUAAGGAUACUUCUAGGUUAAUUUCUGUGGACACAGUACCGGGUACAGUAUACCAGGUGGAGUCAACUGGGGCUGUUGUGAGCUUAAAUUCUGCUGUUGGGCUCAUCCAUUUUUACUGCUCUCAGCUGCCUAGUGACAGGUAUUCAAUACUUCGUCCUGAAUUUAUUAUGGAGAAACAUGAGAAGCCAGGAGGUCCAACUGAAUAUUCUUGCAAGCUGCAACUCCCUUGUAACGCACCGUUUGAAAAGCUUGAGGGUCCAGUUUGCAGCUCAAUGCGCCUGGCCCAACAGGCUGUUUGUUUAGCUGCUUGCAAGAAACUCCAUGAGAUGGGAGCAUUUACUGACAUGCUCUUGCCAGACAAGGGAAGUGGGGAACAACAAGAAAAAGUUGAUCAGAACGAUGAAGGAGAUCCACUUCCUGGGACUGCUAGGCAUAGAGAGUUCUAUCCUGAAGGGGUAGCUGAUAUACUCCAGGGAGAAUGGAUUUUAUCUGGAAGAGAUGGUUGCAGUGACUCCAAAAUGUUUCAUUUGUAUAUGUAUGCGGUCAAAUGUGUGAACAGUGGCAUUUCAAAAGAUCCUUUCUUAACUCAGGUUUCAGAAUUUGCGGUAGUAUUCAGCAAUGAGCUGGAUGCAGAGGUGUUAUCGAUGUCGAUGGAUCUAUUUAUCGCCCGUGCCAUGAUCACGAAGGCAUCACUUGUCUUAAGGGGUUCAAUAGAUAUUACUGAAACUCAGCUGGCAUCCCUUAAAAAAUUUCAUGUAAGAUUGAUGAGCAUUGUAUUGGAUGUGGAUGUUGAACCUUCCACCACUCCGUGGGAUCCCGCAAAGGCAUACUUGUUCAUCCCCAUUGUUAGCGAUAAGUCUGUAGAUCCUUUAGAUGAGAUUGACUGGGAUAUUAUCGAAAAUAUAAUUAGAACAGAUGCAUGGAGCAAUCCCCUUCAGAGAGCUCGACCUGAUGUUUAUCUUGGCACGAAUGAGAGAACACUAGGUGGAGAUAGAAGGGAGUAUGGAUUUGGUAAGCUGCGUCAUGGUAUGGCUUUUGGACAGGCGUGCCAUCCUACUUAUGGUAUUAGAGGAGCUGUAGCAAAGUAUGAUGUUGUGCAAGCUUCUGGGUUGGUUCCUUAUCGAGAUACAAUGCAACUGCAAAAUGUGGAUAUCGGCAAAGGAAAGUUGAUCAUGGCUCAUUCCUUCACUGAUGCAGAAGAUCUGGUGGGGAGAAUUGUAACGGCUGCUCACUCGGGGAAAAGGUUUUAUGUGGAGUCAAUCCGCUAUGACAUGACUGCAGAGAGCUCAUUCCCGAGGAAAGAGGGCUAUCUUGGUCCUCUGGAGUACAGUUCAUAUGCUGACUACUACAAGCAAAAGUAUGGUUUUGAGUUAAAAUUUAAGCAACAACCUUUGAUAAGAGGACGUGGUGUUUCAUACUGCAAGAAUCUCCUAUCCCCUCGCUUUGAACACUCAGAAGGACAAGAUGGUGAAACAGAAGAGACUCUAGAUAAAACAUAUUAUGUUUUUCUACCUCCUGAGCUCUGUUUCGUUCAUCCACUUCCUGGAUCACUUGUUCGAGGGGCCCAGAGGUUGCCUUCAAUAAUGAGGAGGGUAGAGAGUAUGCUUCUUGCAGUUCAACUGAAGGAGAAAAUAAAUUAUCCAGUUCCGGCUUCAAAGAUCUUGGAAGCCUUGACUGCAGCCUCAUGCCAGGAGACUUUCUGUUAUGAAAGAGCUGAGCUUCUGGGGGAUGCUUAUCUGAAAUGGGUGGUUAGCCGAUUUCUGUUUCUUAAAUAUCCCCAGAAGCAUGAGGGUCAGCUCACUAGAAUGAGACAACAGAUGGUGAGUAACUUGGUUCUUUAUCAGUAUGCACUGAAUAAAGGACUCCAGUCAUAUAUCCAAGCAGAUCGGUUUGCACCUUCCAGAUGGGCCGCACCCGGAGUGCUGCCUGUCUUUGAUGAAGAUACAAAGGAUGGAGACUCUUCCUUAUUUGAUCGUGAAAAAUCAGUUGCUGAGGAUAAACCAAGUACUGGCCAUCAUCAUGAUGAUUAUGAAGAUGAAGAAAUGGAAGAUGGAGAGAUUGAGGGUGACUCAAGUUCUUAUAGGGUCCUCUCAAGCAAAACAUUAGCAGAUGUUGUUGAAGCUUUGAUUGGAGUUUAUUAUGUUGAAGGUGGGAAGCAUGCAGCUAACCACCUUAUGUCAUGGAUCGGGAUUCAGGUAGAAUCUGAUCCUGAAAUGAUUGACUGCCCGAUAAGGCCAUCCUACCUUCCGGAGAGCAUACUUAAGAGUGUUGACUUUGAGGCCUUAGAAGGUGCUUUGAACAUCAAGUUUAAAGAUCGGAGCCUCUUGGUGGAGGCUAUUACUCAUGCCUCCCGGCCAUCUUCUGGAGUAUCAUGUUACCAGCGAUUGGAGUUUGUUGGUGAUGCUGUCUUAGAUCAUCUGAUUACUCGGCACUUGUUUUUCUCAUACACGAAUCUACCCCCAGGUCGCUUGACUGACUUACGAGCUGCAGCUGUAAACAAUGAAAACUUUGCUCGUGUUGCAGUUAAGCAUAAGCUCCAUGUACACCUUCGGCAUGGGUCUAGUGCCCUUGAAAGACAGAUUCGAGACUUUGUGAAGGAAGUUCAAGAUGAAUUAUCAAAACCAGGGUUCAAUUCCUUUGGUCUAGGAGAUUGCAAAGCUCCUAAAGUUCUCGGUGACAUUAUAGAAUCUAUCGCUGGUGCCAUUUUUCUUGACAGUGGACGAAAUACUGCAGUUGUGUGGAAGGUUUUCCGGCCAUUGUUGCAUCCCAUGGUCACUCCAGAGACACUUCCAAUGCAUCCUGUGAGGGAGCUGCAAGAGCGUUGUCAGCAACAAGCCGAAGGCUUGGAAUACAAAGCCACUCGUAGUGGCAAUUUGGCUACUGUGGAAGUCUUUAUUGAUGGAGUACAGGUUGGAGUUGCUCAGAAUCCUCAAAAAAAAAUGGCACAGAAACUAGCUGCCAGGAAUGCACUUGCUGUUUUGAAACAGAAGGAAACAGCUGAAGCAAAGGAGAAUGGUGAUGAGAAUGGGAAGAAGAAGAAAAAUGGCAACCAAACAUUCACCAGGCAAACGUUGAAUGAUAUCUGCUUGCGGAGAAAUUGGCCCAUGCCCUUCUAUAGGUGUGUUAGUGAAGGUGGGCCAGCACAUGCAAAGAGAUUUACUUUUGCGGUUCGUGUUAAUACAACGGAUAGAGGAUGGACGGAUGAAUGUGUCGGAGAGCCGAUGCCAAGUGUGAAAAAGGCCAAGGACUCUGCCGCUGUUUUGCUUUUGGAACUUCUCAACAAAUGGUAUUCAUGAAGGAUGAUUGUUUUCUGCAUCCCAGUUCUUCCUACUGUGAUCAGUUAUUGUCUUGGGAAAUCUAGGGAGUUCACAGCUGCAAGUGUUCAUGUUAAAUUAAUUAUGUUUACGUUCAGCCAAGUUUUUAUGUAGCUGCUGUCAACUGUGAGUUGUCCCCAGUUUGCUUCAGCAGUAUGGAUUGUAAUUACCGCAAGUGGUUCCUACUCUGUUUAAAUAAAUUCACUAUUUUGCAGCCA